GUGAAGUUCAUUCAAUCAUUCAUUCAUUGUCGAAAAACAAUGGAUUUUGAUAAUAGUGAGUUUCUUCAAAAUAAAUAUUCUUCAAGAAUUCGAAAACUAGACUUAUUAUAUCUUUAUUGUUUUCUGCCAUUGAAUAUAAAGGGAUUAUGACUAUUUUCUGACCUGAAGUUCCCGUGUUUUCGAGUAAUUAUAAACUGAAAUGGAUGUAGAAUCUCACUCGGACUCUGAAGAAGAGAUUUUAGUCUACGCAGAAUUCGGAGAUAGUGUUAACAUAGAAAAGUACAGAAGUAUCCACAUUUUGGGAGUAAAUGAACCAAAUCCCAUUAUUCAGAUGGAUGACUCCUUUUUUACCGGAAGUUACAAAAAUGCACUAGGAACAUACAUGUUUUUUGAAGAAGACCCAUCUCCACAUUGUGAGGAUCCUCUGUUUGAUAAACUGGCCGAAAGUAACCUGAAAUAUGUUUGUAAAACCAGAAAAUUAUUGAAAAUGGAUCAUGCUUAUGUUUUACCAAGGGAUGGUCCAGAGGAUAGUAUGAAAGGUGAAACACAGCACUUAGAUGAUGAUAUAAAGCCUGCGCGUUUUACCUCUGUACAAGAAGCCUUAGACGCUAUAAUACCUGAAUUAAAUAUCACCACUCCACCACAGCUAGAUGAGGGAACUAUUAUUAAAUCAAAUGAACCCAUGGAAUCGGGAGAGACAUGAAAAGUUAUAUUACACUCUCCACACAAAACACCACCUAGUCUUUCUACUAGUUCAUACUCAAGCACUGCUGGAGUAAUAGCUUUCUGGAACAAUUGCUUGUUUGCUUUAGCCAUUACACUUAACAAUAUUACUACUAUUACUAAUUAAUGACAGAAAGUCAAAGUAUCUUUAUUUCACAAGCAAAUUAAUGAAAAAUCAUUUUAUUAAAUUUGACCUACUUUUGCUGUCCUGAUUUUUUCUUCUCAUACAAUGAAAAUGUCUUUACAAAAAA